GCGGGGUCAGAGUCAGACAGGUUUCACAGGUGUGAAGCACCGCAAUAAUAACACCAGAGAACUGAACGAAACUCAGACAAAUCACUGCUUAUUUCGUUCAUUUUUUUUGUAAAAGGCAAUGCCAGAAUCAAACCGGCAUCAUCACACAAGGGACAAAGACUACUCUGGUCGAGACAGGAAUGAUGAAGGGGGACGUGAGCACAGACAGGACAGGAGAUCCAGAGAGGACAGAAGAACACCUGAUGGAGACGACAGAUCACGAAGCCACCGAGAGAAACAAAGAGAUGCUGACACACAGAGGGACCCCCGUGUGUACGAGGACACCCGGCAUCAUAGCCAGGGAGUGCCCAGUUACACUGAGACUUUACCUUCAUACUAUGAAGACAGUCAAUCAUAUCAUCAUACAGGGGCCCUUUACACCCUAAAAUACAUUACAACAAGCAGAGGCAUCUGUCAGGCCAUGGAAUUCUUCUUAAGCUUGUUGAUUAUCAUCUGUGCCGGAGUGAACCAUAGUAACUCGGGCCGGUAUCGGGAUAUUGCCAGCUUAGGCGGUCUGUACCAGUACUAUUAUGGAGGAUCCAACGCAUUCAUUGGAGCAGAGGCGCAGAAGGUCCAGCAGCUCGACGACCAGUUCUACCAACUCAAACUGCCCCCUUACGUCUACAGCAUGGCAUUGGGCGGGGCAUUGAUGCUUUACGCUGGUGCCAUGCUGGCCCUCGGAGUGUUCCGCAUGCCCUACCGUUUCCCCCCUCUGCUGCUGGCUGAAGCCCUGUCGGAUGCGCUCAUAGGUCUUGGUUUUAUUCCCGCUCUCGCUUUCUACUUCAUAAAGCUGCAGGAGAUCUACAACAACUCCAUCUGUAAAGAGAGGGAAGCGAUGUACAGCAGCAAAGGUCACCGAGGGUUUGAGUGCAAUCUCAAUGGGGCAGACAUUGCAGGAGGGUUGUUUGGUGUCCUGGGGAUUAUUAUUUUCCCCAUCAGUGCAGUGUUGGCCAUCAGAGCCUUCAGAAGUGUGCGGAAGAUGAAGCGGAUGCCGACUGAAGACAACAACCUCUGAGUGUUACGCCAUUUCACGAAUGUGGGAAUCACAGAUCUCGCACCCAUGUAAAUGCUUUGGUUAGUAUUUUUACAACGUCUGAAGGAUAUAUAUAUAUUUUUCCAUUUUUAUGCUUCUUUUUUGCUUUCAAUUUUAUUAUAAAGGACUUUUGCACAUUUUUAUACUUUUAUAAAAAAACACUUGUGCUAGCAAUUUGCUGAAAGCCUUUAUAUAUAAUGCAUUUUAAUGUAUUAGUUAUGCAUUGUAAUGCACCUAUGGUCUCAUGAAUAGUUGUAACUACGGUUAUAAUCCUUAUCCAUUCAUUGAACACACAUUUAGAAAGUAUAUUGCAUUAAAGCACAUGAAAAACAACCAAUUUCAGAUGCCACAAGGAAUCUGCUAAUAUUAUAAUUAGUACAGUCAAAUCAAUUAAUCACGAUUAAUCGCAUCUAACAUAAGUUUGUGUGUAUAUAAAGUCAUCUUCAUUUAUAUAGCGCUUUUAACAAAGGAUUGUU